AUGUCCCAACAUACCACGCCGGCAGCAGAGACCCCGGAAGUGUCGCCAGCCAUGACUUCACAGCGGCCACACCCACGCCGCACCGCGCCCACGGGUGGCCGCUUUCCUCCGGCAACAUUGCGUCGCCAGGACGCCCAAGCCCUCCUCCCAGAGGAUUUUGUUUACGAAGCUCGCUGGCAACCACUACCCUUUCCCAACGGCGUCCAGGAAGAUGAGCCCGACUCUUCACCUACAAACCAGACUCGCCAGAGUAUCUCGAGAGGAGACAACAGCAGUCGAGCUCCAACACCACCUCAAGCACGUUGGGCCAACUUCCCACCUCGAACACAAAUCAGAGAAGUCACCGGCUCAUCAAGUCCUACCGAUGAGGACAUCGAGAGAAACGUUGAGAUAGUCCAACGUCGCCUUCGUGCAGGCAUCAUUACGCCUGUCCGCCGCCCUUUGCAGCGGGCCCAAACUCGGCCUCUCCUAUUUCAAGAAAAUCCCAGCCGUCAAAGUCGCAGACACCCGCGCGGUCCCAGCCUGGUUCCUCACUCCUCCAGGCGCACAAGGUUUACCUUACCCUCCGACGGCCCCGAGCCCGAACCUCUUCGGAACUCGCCCCAAGCCGAUCCCUUCCGACCGCCGCCGCCGCCGUACUCACCCCGCAAUCCCCGCCUACAUCCCACGAGCACGGACUACGAACUCACGUCCAAUGUCUACGGCCGUCCUCACAACAAUGGUGCUCCGCCUCUUCCCCUCUACACCGCCAUCGCUGACCCCAGCGAACGCGUCCUCCAAUUUGGAGGAAGUGAGGAUGAGCAACGGAACGCCUUGGUGCGGUUGCGUGAGGAGAGGGGCCGACAGCAACCAGAUGAGCGGUUGCCGGGGCGGGAGGAAAUAGGCCACAAUGGAAUCGAAGGGUGGCAGUGUGUAAGGAACGCGGUGGCUGAAUUGGAUGUCGAGGAUGCGGAGUUGGAGGCCGAUAUAAUCCGGCUAUUCAUGGACGACCGAUUCCCUUGA